GGGCCCUUCCUCAAUCUCUUCCCCGAAAUUCCAACCCACCAAAUCCCUAGCUUUCCACUGCUGAACUUUUCACCGUCUCGUCUCGAUUUUUCCAUCGUUGCAAUUAGUAAUUUCUGUUGUUUUUUGAGAUGGAGAUUGAGCAAAAGCAAGAGGAGGUCAUUGAUCACUUCGUGAAGCAAGCCUCAUCACUCGAUGGCUCUGCUCUCGGCCCCCUCGUUGCAGAAGUCACCUCCCACCCUGCCCUUUUUGCCUUUUCGGAAAUUAUCGCUGUCCCUAAUGUUCUUCAGGUUCCCAUGUUUCUAUUUAUUUAUUGUGGAAUUUCAGUUUUCUGUGUAUAUUUUGGUCGUGUAGUUUCUGGGUUUGAGCAAAGGAUGUAUAAUCAGAAUUUUGUUGCAGCCAAAGAGAAAAUAAAAUUAUUGAUUGUUACUGGAUUUUGUUUCAUACGCAUUUGUUUUUUGACUGUGGAAUAUGUGCAGCUUGAAGGAACUGAAAAUUCUGUGUACCUCCAUGUGCUUCGAUUGUUUGCACAUGGCACAUGGAGUGAUUACAAGAGUGAUGCCAGUCGUCUUCCACAUUUGGUCCCUGAUCAAGUCUUAAAGCUGAAACAGCUUACUGUUCUUACACUGGCUGAGACAAACAAGGUACUACCGUAUCAUCAACUUAUGCAGGAGUUAGAUGUUAUCAAUGUACAAGAGCUCGAGGAUUUUCUCAUUAAUGAGUGCAUGUAUGCGGGCAUAAUAAGAGGAAAGCUGGACCAGCUGCAAAAAUGCUUUGAGCUCCAGUUUGCUGCAGGGAGAGAUCCGAGACCUGGACAACUUGGGAGUAUGAUUCAAACACUGUCAAACUGGUUGGAUACCUCAAGCAAUCUUCUUAUCUCAAUUCAAGAAAAGAUGAAGUGGGCUGAUACUAUGACUGAAGUGGCCAAGGAACACAAGAAAGAAGUUGGAAAUAGGGUGGAAGAAGUAAAGAAGUCGAUUUCCAUCAAGAAGUUCCCCACUGUAAGCAGGCCGACGUUGACUUCCGGGGGCAUGAGGAGAUCUACUCCGAACCUGGAGGAGUGAUGGACUAUGAGGAAGACCGUAGUCGACCAAAGAGGAGACGGCAUCCUAUAUAUAAGAGUUGAGAGUUGGAGACGACGAUUAUUUAGGCAAGUUCAAGUUGCCUUCUUUCCCAGGUCUGUUGAUAUCUCCUUUUCGGAGACCACAAUGUCUCUGGUAAUAAACAUUCUUAUUUUUCGCUUUCUGCGCAUAGUUCAUUUUUAGUUUAGCUCGUCUUAAAUCCCUUGCUAUUCCAAUUGAGUUGACAUGAAUGAAUAAUGAAACAACAUUUGUUGGUGCGGCUAUAACAUGCUUUAUGGAUGGAUAUUCAGAUACUAGGGCUCUACUUCUUUCUUUAAUGUUAUACGUAGUAUUACGCUUGCUCUGUAGCACUCGAAUGCAAUCACUGAAACCGAUUAAACGCCGUUAAAGCAUACCUUGAGGAAAUAAUUUUUAAACACCCAUUUUUUAAAGCAUUUCCAACAAUGCUAGCUAUGGUUAAUAAAUUUAUAAAUGCAAUGCGGCGUUCAAAAUUUGUAAAUUUUUGAUCUGAGUAAAACAUUCAAAGCAAUCCAAAUUACUUUGCUUUGCUAAAAAUAUGAAAUUGAAAAUAAUUAUUAUAGAUUGUAAGUGGCUUGUGGCUGACUUGGUUAAGAACAUUCGUCCUUGCACUCGAGGUCUCGUAUUUCAAUCUCCUUCCCUGUAAUUUAAGUGAGUUUAGUGUACGUACACUACUCUAUUGUUUGUCCCAAAAAAGUAAAGAAUUAUAAUAGUUCACAUGAUUAUACUCCAACCUUGGUUGAGAUUUUUCAGUACCUUGUGGUGGAGGUCUGUAUAUUUUUUGUGUAUUUUAGAAGGGUGGAUGGAUAUGGAAUCGUAUGAAAAUUGUUCGUUAUUUUAGUGAGUGUUACAUUUACGUCAUCAUUUUGAAAUUUACGCUAGGCACACAAAUCAUUUUUUCUUUUCGUGUUUUUGUAAUAGGCUCACAAAUCAUUUAACAGAAAGAAUAGAAACUAAAUAACAAAAAAAACAUAGAUAAACAAACAAAAUUGAAACUGUCGUAACAAAAACAUACAGUUAAACCUCCAUAAAUUAGUAACCUUGGGACCAAAGAAAAUCUAUUACUUUAGCAAAUGUUAAAUAAUUGACAAAUUAAAAAAAUUAUUAAUUUAUCAAUCAUAUAAUAUUCCUUCUUAUUUACUCAAAUAUUGUACAUUUUAUUUAGUUUCUUGAUUUACGAAUUAACAAUUCUAUACAUUUGUUUAAGGAAGUACAAUUCAUGAGCUUUCUUAUUUCUCCCAUAAGUCAUAGUAACACAUCAUACAUAGAACAAUGGUUUCUAAUCUCAAAGGUGUAAAGAAAUCAAGAAAUCAUUAAUUUAUAUAUGACGUGGGACUUAUAUAAAAUUUUCAUUAUAUAUUCUCUUUGAUAUUUAGCGAAUUAUUAAUUUAGCACAUUAUCUCCAAGUUUGAACCAUCCAAAAAUAUUAUUUAAUCAGCCUUAUUGUUUUAUCGGAUAUUUUAAAUUAUCGAGGUUCUAAUGUACAUGAAGUUCUAUAGUCAAAUAUAAAUUGUAAACCAUAUGUUUAGGCAUUGCACUAAACUUCUUGUUCCCCAUAACGACUUUGUUCAUUGCAUCAAGGAAUGAAUUUAGCACUUCAGAAUUUGGAUUGAUUACCUUAGUACAUCUUGCCACCUGAAGCGGCUGUUCCUCCUCCGUCAUCCGCUUGUCGGAAACAAGAUCCCACUGGCUUGGUGCAGCUAAACUAGUGUCACACUUGUUUGGGCUAGAUAUGUCCCUCGCAUAACUUCCAGGGGUCUUGCUUGUCGGCUAAGGUUUGCUGCUUGGUGUGCUGCAAUAUGAGUUUGCAAUUAGUUUAAAUGGUGCCUUUGUGGGGCAUUCGUUAGACUUUGAGGCUCACAAUCAAAACUAAUAUGGAUAUGAACGUAUCUUUGUAUAACAGAUUGUUCUUUUUUUUGGUUAUGAAAUGGGUUGAUUACUUGCGCCA